AGCAAAACUCUUCACUUGGUGAAUAUCUUCCAGAGGUUUUCUAGCUAUCGACUAGAAACCGAAGAAGUUAUUACCCAUACUAGACGGGUGCGUGCGGAAUAACAAUGAAGCCACCUAAAAUGUUCAAUUAAAGGGGCGUAACUGUUUAUGUGAGACAUUAAAGAACAGACAACAUCCCAAAGGAUUUUUGUCUCAAUAGACUUCCGAAGAUAGGUUGUGAAAUGGAAUAAACGCAGCGAAAACGUCAGUUCCUUCAUUCAGUUUCACUCGUUUUGUUUGUCAUUGUUGCUGUAUCGCUGAUCAAAUCUCGUUGUUCUAGUUAUUUGUGAAAAUGAUGUCAUAUAUUUUCCUAGAAGAGUAUCCUAACAUUAUGUAAUGGUCAGAGGUCCCGAUGACACGACAAAGAGCUCACAAAACGUCAGGGUAAUCAUGAACUCUGCCAAGCUUUUGCUCACGAUUUGUUUCUAUGUCGUGAUCUUUGAAACGGAUGCUUUGCAAAGAUUCCAUCGGAAACCCUAUAACUGGUAUAACGCUAUAGAUGAGCUGAGUGACGCCAUAAGAAUCCAUCAUCGAAACAAAGCUCGCAAAUUUGAUAUGUCUGGCCUUCGAAACUGUCACAUUAAGCGGAAACUUACGGGCCUCGCCAAUAAAGCACACGUGACUCCAGGACCUCGUCGUUUUUCAAAGCGGUGUUUCCCUGACGGUUACGGAAUUCCCCCCAUAACUUCCCUGCCAUGGUGGCCUUCGCCUUUUGACCCUCAGUGGCCAGAAUACGGUUUGGGAAUGGACGGAUACGGCUAUUCUAUCCCAGGUCCAUAUGGCUGGAAUGGAUGUGAAACCUGCAAUCAACCUUUUCCAUGCUUUCCUAGUCCAUGGGGGAUUUGGUGUAGUUGCGGUGGAGAGGGCAAAGAAGAAUCAGGUGCCCCGGGACCCACGCCUUCUGGAGAAAGUCAGAAACCAACAGAAGGACCGGCAUCUCAGACUACAACGGGCAUCAGUCAACCACCAUCUACGCAACCCACUUCUUCUGCCACCACAUCACAAGCACCAACAACGUCCAAGAAUUCAGAAGCAACCAGCCCAACUAGCGGGGGUCAGCCUACUAUUGGAAAACAAACCAGUCCAACGGUUAAGGCUACAGGUGGUACCGCCCAAGCGCCAUACAUACAGCCCACUUCACCGGCAGGGUCAACCAGCCCCACAAGUGCCAGUGGUAGGCAGUCUACCGUCCGCACACUAGCAACCGCCAUAGAUGAUGCACGCAAAACAGCGGCAAAGCUACCCGCCCAUAAACCAACGUCCCGUUAUGAUGAUUUCCGCAAAUACAAAAUGAGGCUCUCGAAGCAAGGUUUGCGACGGAAGGGGAAUAAGAAUGGAGUUGUAAUGGUAAUGUAAUUUUUGUGAUCUCAGAGCUUCAAAUCCAAAGCUAGUAGAGUUCAUUACUUAAAAAAAAUAAUUAUUCGCCAAAGAUCAAGUACACGUUGUUAAGCUGUUCUUUUAAAACUUAAAGGAAGUCUGCAAUUCUGCAAUGUGGAUUCCGUGUGACCGAAAAGUAACUGUGGGAAGCUCUUUUAUCUUUAGCUGGAACUGUCGGACAAGAUUAGAGUAGAUCAUGUUGGCCAUGAAAAAAGUAUAGCCAAAAACUCAGCUCAAAACCUAAGAGGGUGGGGAUCUCAGCAAAACUUUGCACAGGCUCCACCCCGAGACCCAAACCUUAAUCCUUUAAUAUACCAUUUUCGGCAGAAGAAGUAACUCUUUCAUACACCUUCAGCAGAUAAACUUAAUCUCUUUUGCAAACUUUUUAAUGGAGUAACCUAGGAACAUUAAGAUUAGUAGGCGUUUACUGCUUCUGGUCGAUAUAUUUUCAAAGGCCCUUUUAGAUUGUUAAAUAAUAGUUACUUGACGUUAACUCCUGAAAUCCRURCACUUUAUAAACCUUUACAUUACCAUUAACCUUUUGGACGUCUAGAUAACAAAGGGCUGCACACUUUAUGACGUCUUUGGUGGUACCAUUCAACGCAGUAACUCUUUUUAGUAACUCUAGGACGUGUUUUGUUGUUUGGGAUUAAGCUCAAUAAAACUUAGAAAAAUAAUGUUAAAAGAAUGCUUGAAUAGUUAAAUGACUCAAUAUAUUGUAAGCAAACGGCUCUAAGCAAGUCACUCUCCGGAAAAACCCAGUACUGAUAAACGGAUCCCGAAGAUAUAUCACGGAGAGAAAACCGAAUAGGAAAGUGUUGGAACAAUUUGACCGCUAUUCACGAAUAAUUCUGCACCUCUAAUUAACUACUAGAAUGUUAGAAAUAAUACAAUGUGUUAAAAUUCCAGUCAAGCACAUCUGAAAGGCCUGACAAAUCAUGUUACACCUGAAACCUAGGCUCGAUUUAGGCUGCGUGCUCGUACAAGUUUCAAGUUAUAAAUUAUUCAAUAUAAAAUAACAGCAAGAAAACAGCAACGGUUGACCACCAAAGUUUUUCUGCAUCUGCUUAUUUGAUUUUGAUUCUGCUCGUUGUGUUAUUUUACUUUAAAAACAUAAAUUAAUCUCUACGCAAUUCAGUGACAUGAUGUUAUUUGAAUUCGUGCUUUAGAUUCUGAAUGAAGUACAAAAAAAACUGACGCUCCAGCGUUUGCUUUACCUUCAAAAGUAUCUAAUAAACUCAGAUAUCACCUGUGGAAAAUACUUCACUUGAGGAGAUGUCCCCAGUUAUGACACAAUAAACUGUUCAGUGGUCGUUAUUCAAUGUCAUCAUUAUAUUUAAGCAAAUGAGCUAAGUGUAUUUGCGAUGCCAAGAGAAUCAGAUUUUAUCUUUACGACGCCUGCACCAGAACGGACUUUGUGAAUUCCGUUAGCUUUCCCUUUUCUUUUAGAGUGAGAGGAGGCAAUUUCAUCCAGGUCAAAUCCUUGCUCUUCUGACGUAAAGUCUCUAAAUAUUGCAUUUUCAUCUUUUUCCGGUUCACGAGAGCUCCAAUGGUUGUUAACGUUUCUUUGCCUCUUCUCCACGGUAGACCAGAAGUGAUCUGUGUUAAAUUCACUCUUGUAUUCAGGGUAAUUGGUUUCUUCGUCCUCUUUUUCCGUUGGAUUGAAAUUCAAAACUUGGUCUACUCCUAUUCCGAGAUUUGUUCCUUGUAUGCGUUCCUCAGCUCCUGUUUGCUUUAUUGCGCCUGAUUUUAACGUUUCCUUUGCAUCUUCUGAGUCACCGACCAUUUUUCGGUCCUGUUCUUGGAUCCCAUUAUACUCCUUAUGAUUCUUUAUCUUGUUUUUGCUGUGCGUGAAGUCUUCGUGGAGUUUUUCUGGUCGGUCUAGAAGUUCAACGUCAGAGCUUAGAUCAUUAUAAUCUCUAAAAGGUGGUCUGGAACUGAAAGGAUGAUUGGAAUGGGUAAACUGCACAUCCCCAAACUGAUAUUCAGGAUAGUGAUGAAUAUUUCUCAUAUCAGACGGAUUCAUAUACCAAGGAGCCUUCCGUCUCAAGAAAUGGGGGAAGUACCCUUGAAAUCGCCAGUAAGAGGGAUGAGAAUACGUCAUGGUAUGAGGCAUAUAAUGUGGAAAGUAAUGAGGAUGAGGAUGCAUGUGAAACGGAUGAAGGGGUCUGUGCAUGUAAGGUACCCAUGGUCGGUGGUGAAUUGGUUGACCCACAAUAACCUCUUGUUGUUCUGGUUCUGUAGUCUUGGGUUCAUCACUCAGCUUUAACUCCAAGUCUAUCUUUGGCCCUUCCUUGCUAGAAUCCUUCCCGGUCUCCUUCGGUUUUGAGUGUUUGUGUUUGUGUCUGUCUUUGGAGGGUUUUGGACGCUUUUUCACAGAAACUGCCGCUGGGUGUGCUGCUGGUAAGCUUGUGAUGUCAAACCGCUUGGCAGCGGUGAUUCCUUCGCUAGGUUGGUGUGCUUCGCUGCAGCUUGACGUUGAGCCUAUCACAAUCAAGUACAUUUAGUGUCAUGUGAACGUCAAGAAUUAAUUUAAUUUACAACUUCUCACAACUAAGAAAUUACAUUGUACUAUUAUAUAUGUUCAAGUCUGUUUGUUGUUAUGGGGAAUUCUGUUCCUGUAUUUUACUCUAAUUUGGAAUUGCUCGCGAUAAAAGAAAACAUUUCGUAUCUAUGCGAUUGUCAGUUUCUUUGCGUAGGUCCUCUCUACUGUGCAAAUGUCAUGCACUGUGAUUAUAAAAUGAAGUAAUUUGUCGACAAGGGUAAAGGAGACACAAAGAGUAACUUACAGCAAA